GUUAGCAGGUCGUCCGGAACGAUAAUAAUGCUUUUUGAUUCUUGCACCGUGUUCAGAAAGGCAUGGAGCCAUUUUUUAGUGAUGAAAAUGUUUUUCUUCCUAAUGAUGCAUCCACUUUUUCACCUGACCCAACCUACAUCAAACUUCGUGCCUUUGUAAAGGGGAUGGCCAGGUUAGAGUGUAGUUUAUGAUCUCAUACAUUUUGGAGUUGCUUCAUUUGUGGACCUAAUUCACGCCUUCAGCACUUGCUUGCCACAACAACUAACCAAUCUUGCUAAGGGGCCAUUAAACUAUAAUCCAAGAUCUCAGCACUCAGAGCUUAUCUUGGUGUUAUUUGCAUUAGGAACAAGUUGUUGGACACCUUCAACCAGUGGCAGCUACUAGAAAUACAAAAACUACCUCAUUUGUCUAUCUUUCAAGUGAUUGCCACAUCUGCAUUAAAACUAAUGGUUGCUAAUUAUUUUCCUUUGUCUACACAGAUCCCGUACCUCGUUCUUACACAAUUUUCUAUGAAAAGUAAAAUUCUAGGGAUCCUUUAAAUUUUUUUCAAGAAUACUACUGGAAGUGAUGUGCACGUUACUUACAAAAUAUUUUUAUGUUAUAAUAGUGAUGCAUAUGCAUCAUAGAAAAUUUGGAAAACAGAGAAAAGUAUAAAGAAAAAAUUAAAACUACAAUCCCCCAAUCCAAAGUUAACCAUCAUUAAUUAUAAAAGUAAAAGUAAUCACUUGUUUUGAAACUAAAUCCAGAGGAUCCAAAAGAACAUAAAGUACUAAAUGAAAGUUUUUCUGUACCCGCCGUGUAAUUCCCUGUCCAUCCAGCAUUAUUUUUCUUAAGUAUACACAUAAUGUGAAGGCUAGCUAAAUUCAUAUCCUGAGAAAGGUGAAGCUUUCAUUUAUUCAGGAUGGUGUGCAGGUGACUGCAAGGCCUUUGUCUUAGAGUGAAACUUACACACACUUCAGAUGGUGAGAAAGCCACAAUUUUGUUACUAAUAAGUGUAUGGUUGCUAUUUACCUUCGGAUUUGGCCGUUAGACAAAUGAGGCUCUACCACUUACCAACUAUGAAUCCUUGGCCAAGUUAAUCUUUCUAAGCCUGUUUCUUAUAUGCAAAAAGGGAAUAAACGGUACUAUAAGAUUAGUACAUGAUAUAAUGUAUACACAAUCCCUGGUGUAUCGUGUUAAAAAAAAUUCUCAGCUAUUACUAUUACUAUUUUUAUUAGUUCCUUACCUACCCCAAAUCUUAAACACGACCUUGGAAAUAAGCAAAUCUAGAGAUAGCCAAAGAUGACCAAGUAGAAGCAUGUAUGGAAAGGCUAAGGAAAGAUGAAAGCCAGCGAAAAGCAGCUGCUACUCUUCUGGUAACACCGUGAAACAAAUGGCACUUUCCCUAGGACAAUAUUCUCAAACUCGAUUGCACGCUAGAAUUACCUAAGGACCUUUUAAAAAUUUUGAAGCCCAGGCCACAUCCCAGACCAAUUAAAGCACAAUCUCUGGGGUUAGGACACAGGGAUCAGUAUUUUUAAAUAUCUCCAAGUAAAUUUGAUGUGCAGACAACUUUGAAAACCACUGGCCUAGAACCUGCCAGUCUAUCGAUUAGCAUGUUUAUGAAGCAAAGUGUUAUUCUGGUAUUUACACUACCAGGAGCCAACCUUACAGGGACAGGCCAAACUUUAAAAAAUUCUGUGGUGUUGUUUCCCAACCUUAAAAUAUUACAUAGAGUAGCUCUGGAAGAGUAUUGUAGGGAAGAUAUAAGAUAAUAGUUGUCAUCUAAAGAGAAAAUCUUCCAAAACCACUAGUAACCAGGCAACCAUUCUUCAAAAAUCUAGAGCCGGGCAAUGGGUUUGGGGUCUCUUUAGGGGCUGACAAAAAUGUUCUAUAAUUAGCAUGUGGUGAUGGUUGCAUUGCUUCAGUAUAAGUAGAUAUCCUAAAAAAAAAAAAAAAAAUCACUGAAGUGUAUACUUUAAAUGGAUGAAUUGUAUGGUAUGUGAAGUAUAUCUCAAUAAAGCUAUUGUAAAAAUCUAGAAAUGAGAGAAUCACAUACCUGGCAUAAAAUGGUUACGUCAAGGAUAUGUAGGGUUAAGGCUUAUGAUGCUCCAAUUUGUUUUGUUGUGAAAUUUCAAAUAUAAGGGAUUGAGACCUUUAGGUCUCAACUGAGGUCUAGUUCUUGGAUAUUAAAGGCAUCAGUAAAAGGUCAGUUUAUGGAUAUAGAGAUGACAAACUGGUAGAAAAAUUGUUUAAGAUGUUAGAGAAAGAGGCUUUAUUUCUUUCCAGACAGACCAAGGGUAGGAGUGGGAGGAUCCUAGUACUACACAUACUAGUUGUUUAGCUUUAGACAGGUCUCUUAACCUCUCUGAACUACAGUGUUCUCAUCUAUAAAAUAAAAGUAAUACCUCCUUUCAAAAUUGUUGUGAGAGUGAAAAGUAAUGCAUAUAAAGUGUCUGUACUCAUCAUAAAGUGCUCAUAUAAAGUCCAAGUAUUCAAUAAAUAUUUGUUGAACUAAUUAAUAAUAUCGAUAAUUCAUCAUUUAUUGAGCAUCCCACUGUAAAAGAUGAAAAGACACAGUCUCUGUCAUUAUGGUACACAGAGUACCAUAGGAGACAGACAUGCAAAAAUAAGAAACAAUGGGAGCAAAGGAAAAGAAACACCUAAGCCAGCCUGGGGAAAUCAGGAAGACUUCAUAGAGGAGGUGAUGCUUAAGCUGAGAACCGAAGAUUGAGAAGUAGUUUAUUAAAUAAGAAAGGGGGGAAAAGAGCAGGGAGGGGACCUUGCAAGAAAUUCCAUGCAGAGCGAUAAUGAUAUUACAUUAUUGCUGAACCUUAAAUUAUUCGUAAAACAGUCUUUGGAAGAAAUAAAGUGAAACAAGUUAGAUCUUGAAUUACCUUUAGGCCUAGUCAAGGAGUUUUUAUUUUAUUCUGUAUAGAUGAUAGUCAUUGCAGAAUUUUUAAACUGACAUAUGUAUGAUGUCAUCAGGGUUUUUUGUUUGUUCGUUUGUUUUAGAGAGAUUUUUCUGAUAGUGACCAUAAUCUGAGAUGGAUUAGGGAUAUUGAGACUGGAGACAAAGAAACAGUUAGAAGAUUAUUACAAUAUUUAAGGAAAAGAUUGAUAAAUGCUUGAAUCACCACAGUGGCAGUAUUGAUGGAGAGGGAUGACUAUAGUAAAAUCAUCAGGACUUGUUGAUUGACCUGAUAUAGGUAGUCAGAAAGAGGAAUGAGCCAAGGAAUACCCUACUCUCCCUCAUUCUGACUGAGGCAGCUGGGUGGAUGAUGGUCUCAUUCACUGAAGUGAAACCUGUAAUAAACACCUAGUAAGUCAGACUGAUUUAUACCUCCAUCAUUCCCAUGGGAGGAGGUUUAGGUGUUUUGUUUUUUGUUUUUGUUUUUUUUUUUUUUUGCAAAAACGAAAAUAAAACAACAACAAUAACAACAACAACAACAACAACAACAACAGAAAGCAGAUCCCUCCUUUUGAGACCAAAAGGUUGUUUGCUGGCCUCACCAUAGUCAAAAGGAUAUUCCUAAGGGUCAAGGGUUUGGAAAAAAUCUAGGGAGGAUAAGGAACCCAGGUUUUGCUCCUGUUUGGGGCAUCCGGUGGUAACCCAGGUGAGGAUUGGGAUGAGUUAAGAAAUCUCAUGUCUAGAUCAGGCUAGAUUUUUCUCUUUGUGCUGUGGUGUGUUUGCCACUCAGAUUACGGUUUGCAGGUUUACAGUGUGAAAUGAGCUGUGUUUCUACAUUUGUGCAAGGUGGUAGCCAGGCUCUUGGGAGGGUCUGGAUCAGGGUGGAUGUGGAGUGAGAUCAAAUCUCCAGCUCCAAGAGGCCCCCUGGGGCUAAGUGAAAAGCUUGCUCUUUCGAAACAGUCUCUGUUGGUAAUUAACAACAUAUCAAGCAUACCAUGGUGUCAAAUAAAAGGGAUUUGUAGGCACAGUGCUGUUGGUUGCCGAUCUCAAUCAUUCACGGGAGCUAUUAAAUCUGUGAACGUUAGCAUUCUGACUGUUAAUGAGAUCUAGUCCUUAGCGCCUCCCAGACACAGCUGAUUCUUUACUGAUUUGGAACAUCUCCCUCUCCCGACUUUCUCCACUCUGCUUCAUCCCCUUCCAUACUGUCCUUGAAAUCAAUGAAUGGUAAUUUAGUAUAUCACUAGCGAGCUUCUGAAUAAAAAAGGUUUGGUUUCCGCUGUGCCUCCUGUUACAACAAAAACGUGUACUGCAUAAAUUUAAUUGGCUACAUUAAUAUGUAAGCCUUUUCUGCAAAGAGAAGGAUAUGUUUCUGAAUACUCUGCAGAGGAGCAGAGUUUUGUGUAUAUGGCAGUGCUUCUAAUUAGCUCCUACUCUAAUACAAAUGGAUUGGGGGAGAAGCUACUCAUUUAGAAUAUUGGUAGAUAACAACGCUGGCUUGAACAAAGUGGCCAACCUCAAAUGGCUACUCCUCUCUGGGCUGCAGGUUGCUAGGGCUCUGGCUGUCGCGGUUCCUCCCCCCACCCCAACCCCUGCCGAAAAGGGGCGGGGAAAGUUGAUGUGUUAGAGAGAAAAAAAAACAUACAUAUAUGUUGUCUGCCUCUCCAUAGAGGUAGUAACCUGUGGGAAAAAAUGCUGUUGAGCGGGAGGAAAGCAAAAAGAUAGGUGGGGUUUUUAUUUUUCUUUUUUUCUUUCUUUCUUUCUUUCUUUUUUUUUUUUUUUUUUUCCUUUUUUUCUUCCAAUGCUGCGACGCAUUAACCCUGCUGCUAUUGGGAUGUUCUCUGCUCAGCCUAUUGGCUGAGCCCAGGAGCCGCUGUCUGCCAAUCCGGUGGUGGAAGGCAGACAAAUCUACCCCGCCACCAGCAAAAACGGCGCGUAACCCUUGCAGCGCCAGCCCAGCCGCGCCAGAGCUGGCGCGGGGAAAGGCAGAUAGGUGUUUCCAGCUGCUGUGUGGCCGUUUGGGGCGGGUCGGCUUCUUCUGCUUCUCAGGACCAGGUAGAGAACUAGCGGGAGGCAGCAAUGCUCCGCAAGGUGAGGAGCUGGGUAGAAAUCUGCCCCGGGGCUGCCCUUUUGUUCCUCUUUUGCCACCUGGGUUACGUUUGUGGGCAGAUCCGCUACCCGGUCCCAGAGGAGUCACAGGAAGGGACUUUUGUGGGGAAUGUCGCCCAAGAUUUCCUGCUGGAUACAGAGAGUCUAUCAGCUCGCAGGCUGCAGGUCGCUGGAGAGGUGAACCAAAGACACUUCCGUGUGGAUUUGGACAGCGGAGCCCUGCUCAUCAAGAAUCCAAUCGAUCGAGAGGCACUGUGUGGGCUCAGUGCCAGCUGCAUCGUGCCCCUGGAGUUUGUAACCGAAGGGCCUUUGGAAAUGUACCGAGCUGAGGUAGAAAUUGUGGAUGUGAACGAUCACGCCCCCCGAUUUCCUCGGCAGCAGCUGGACUUGGAAAUUGGGGAGGCAGCUCCUCCAGGACAGCGUUUUCCCUUGGAAAAGGCUCAGGAUGCAGAUGUGGGGAGCAACUCCAUCAGCAGCUAUAGACUAAGCUCCAACGAACACUUUGCACUGGAUGUCAAGAAGCGCAGCGACGGCAGUCUGGUCCCAGAGCUGCUCCUGGAGAAGCCUUUGGAUCGGGAGAAGCAAUCAGACUACCGCCUGGUGCUGACUGCUGUGGAUGGAGGUAACCCCCCAAGAUCUGGCACUGCAGAGCUCCGGGUAUCAGUACUGGACGUGAACGACAACGCCCCUGCCUUCCAGCAAUCCAGCUACAGGAUUAGUGUAUUGGAGAGCGCGCCAGCCGGCAUGCUGCUCAUCCAGCUCAAUGCCUCUGACCCGGACCUGGGUCCCAGUGGUAACGUCACCUUUUCUUUCAGUGGUCACACCCCUGAUCGUGUGAGAAACCUCUUUAGCCUGCACCCCACUACUGGAAAGCUUACUCUUCAGGGGCCCCUAGACUUUGAGAACGAGAAUUACUAUGAAUUUGAUGUUCGGGCUCGGGAUGGGGGUUCUCCAGCCAUGGAGCAACAUUGCAGCCUUCGAGUGGAUCUCCUGGAUGUAAAUGACAAUGCCCCCCACAUCACAGUGACCUCGGAGCUUGGAACUCUCCCAGAGAGUGCAGAACCCGGCACUGUGGUGGCACUCAUCAGUGUGCAGGACCCUGACUCAGGGUCAAACGGAGAUGUGAGCCUCCGUAUUCCUGACCACUUGCCAUUUGCCCUCAAGUCUGCCUUCAGAAACCAGUUCUCCCUGGUGACUGCUGGGCCCUUGGACAGAGAGGCCAAAUCUAGCUAUGACAUCAUGGUCACUGCUUCUGAUGCUGGAAAUCCUCCUCUGAGUACUCAGAGGACUAUUUUCCUCAAUAUUUCAGAUGUGAACGAUAACCCACCCUCUUUCUUCCAGAGGUCACAUGAGGUGUUUGUUCCUGAGAACAAUCGCCCAGGGGAUCUGCUUUGUUCCCUUGCAGCCUCUGACCCAGACUCUGGCUUGAAUGCGCUCAUCUCCUACUCUCUCCUAGAGCCCAGAAAUCGAGAUGUGUCAGCUUCCUCCUUCAUCUCUCUGAACCCCCAGACGGGAGCUGUUCACGCUACUCGGUCCUUUGACUAUGAACAAACACAGACACUGCAGUUUGAGGUGCAGGCCCGGGAUCGGGGCAACCCACCCCUCAGUAGCACCGUGACAGUUCGUCUCUUCGUGCUGGACCUCAAUGACAAUGCUCCAGCGGUGCUCCGCCCUAGGGCCCGGCCCGGUUCCUUAUGUCCCCAAGCACUGCCUCCAUCAGUUGGUGCCGGUCACCUAGUCACAAAGGUGACCGCUGUGGACUUGGAUUCAGGUUACAAUGCUUGGGUUUCAUAUCAGCUCCUGGAGGCCCCAGAUCCCAGCUUGUUUGCAGUCUCCCGCUAUGCUGGGGAGGUACGGACAGCCGUUCCCAUCCCAGCUGAUCUUCCCCCACAGAAGCUGGUCAUUGUGGUAAAGGAUAGUGGUACCCCACCGCUCUCUACUUCUGUUACUCUCCUUGUGUCCUUGGAGGAAGAUGCUCAUCCAGUUGUCCCUGAUCUUCGAGAAUCUUCAGCUCCAAGGGAAGGAGAAUCCCGCCUGACCCUCUACUUGGCUGUAUCACUAGUGGCAAUUUGCUUUGUCUCCUUUGGCUCAUUUGUGGCACUACUCUCUAAGUGUCUGCGUGGGGCUGCCUGUGGAGUGACCUGCUUUCCUGCUGGCACCUGUGCCUGUCUCACCCGAUCUCGAAGGAGGGAGGGGCUUCCUCCUUCCAAUGGGAUCCUCCGAAUCCAGCUAGGGUCAGAUGAUCCUAUCAAGUUUGUUGAUGUGGGUGGUCAUUCUCAUGGCUGUACACCCUUGGCUUCUGCACCCACUCGGAGCGAUAGCUUCAUGAUGGUGAAGUCGCCCAGUGCACCUAUGGCAGGGGAGCCUGUUCGCCCAAGCUGCCCACCCUCUGAUCUUCUCUAUGGGCUAGAGCAAGCCCCACCCAACACGGACUGGCGUUUCUCUCAGGCCCAGAGACCCGGCACCAGCGGCUCCCAAAAUGGCGACGAAACCGGCACCUGGCCCAACAACCAGUUUGACACAGAGAUGCUGCAAGCCAUGAUCUUGGCCUCUGCCAGUGAAGCUGCUGAUGGGAGCUCCACCCUGGGAGGAGGCGCUGGCACCAUGGGCUUGAGUGCCCGCUAUGGGCCCCAGUUCACCCUGCAGCACGUGCCCGACUACCGCCAGAAUGUCUACAUUCCUGGUAGCAAUGCCACGCUGACCAACGCAGCAGGCAAGCGGGAUGGCAAGGCCCCGGCAGGUGGCAACGGCAACAAGAAGAAGUCGGGCAAGAAAGAGAAGAAGUAAUGUGGAGGCCGGGCCCAGAGCCACAGGGCCACUUCCCCCCAACCAGCCCAGCCUCCCCCACCCGGCCUGGGCCUCAGAUUUUCAGGGCUCGCCCCCAGGAUCCUGGUCAGGGCCCAGGCCAUGCUUCCCUUGGGAAACAGAAACAAGUGCCCAGUCAACACCCCCUCUCUGCCCCUGGGAUUGAAUAUGCAAAGGGAGUUCUGCUGAGAACCCCCAUCCAAUCAAUUGCUAUGCCCAAGGGGUUGGUGGGGUUAGUGUAGACAUCAUUUAUCACUCCCCCUUUAGUUACUGCCGAACUCCUCCAUCAUCCAGAUUCAAUCAGGCCUAACCAUCCGCUGCCUCCUCCUGCCCAUCCCACCCCACCCUACUCCUUCAACAGCUCCUCUUUCUUGAGUAAGGUGGUUGGGGUGUUGAGGUACCCGGUGACUUAAAAAGGCUCAUAGUUCUGAAGAGUUGGAAGGGCAUCAUGACCUCUUGGAAUCUCCUUCAAUUCUCAGACUUCCCCCCCAAGCAUGGUUUGGUGCCACCCCCCUCACAUCCUUCCAGAGCCUGAGACCGAGCUCAAGUUUUGGGAGACCUGGUCACCGUUCCCGCGGUACUGAUGCUUGCCAGAUUUAGGGAGGGCAUUUUGCUACCAUGCCUCUUCCCGAUGCCCUAGGGACCAGAUUUUUUGUUUUAUUUUGUUUCUCAUUGUUUGAUGUUGCCACUGCAUGCUGUGACUUCCCCCUCCCCAAAUAAGAGACUCCACUGCAUGUUCCAAGACAGUAUGGGGUAGUAUGAUAAAGGGAAGGGUGUGUAUGUGGAUGGGGGAUGGACAGAGCUUGACCCCUCAGUUGACAGGGUCUUUCAGGAGGCUCUGUGUGACCCCAGGGUACUGAUCAGAUCCCCAAAUUCCAGCCAUAAACCAAGCACCAAGCUGGAUCCCCAUCCACCACAUUCAGGGCUCUGCCCAGGCAGCCAGCUCUGGGCUGAGCUACCAGCACCAAGGGGUUUAAACCGGCAGUACAGUCCAAGGAAGCUCUGAGCAGGUUUGGGACCAGGUCCCCUGGAGAGGUCAGAGAAGACUCUGUGGGUGCUGGGUACUCCAGAGGUACCGCUGGUGAAGGAUCAGUGUGGCCCCCUCGCCAGCAGGGAGGGCCAGCUAGGCCAUUCUCGGUCCCUGGGUUGGGGAGACAAGGGACUAGAGCAGGGACCAAGUGGACGGAAAGUCUCAGCCCAGGAUCAGGCUUCUCCCCGGGGCCCCUGCAUUCCCAAGCCUUGGUCCUUCACCUUGCCAGGUGCCAUUUCUUCUCUGUGAAGGCCACUGCCCAGGCCCCCCAGUGCGCCCCCUAGUGGCCAGAGGCUGGUUAAAGUCCCCAGUGCCUCCUUGUGUAUAAACCUUCCUCUCCCCACCCCCUUUUGCCCCCCGGAGUCCCGUUCAUUCUGCGGGGCUGCGCGAGACCCCCACCCCCGUCCUUAAGUAGUGUAGAGCCCCCUCCCUUUUUUCAGCUGGUGUAGAAUAGCCAAUAGUGUAGUGCGGUGUGCUUUUCCGUGAUGGCGAGUUGGCAGCGGGCAGCGGGCUCCGCGUAGCCGUCUGUCCUUGAAUCUGCCUGCGGCGGCCCGUGCUGUGUUUUGUGCUGUGUCCACGCGCUGCGGCGACUCCCUCCCCGGUACUGACUCCUAUAAGCGCUUCUCUUUGCAUAGUCACGUAGCUCCCCACCCCCUUCCUGUGUCUCACGCAAGUUUUAUACUCUAAUAUUUAUAUGGCUUUUUUUCUUUGAAAAAUAAAAAUAAAAAAGGUUUCUUCUGAAA